AUGGCUGAAGUGAAGCUGAUUGGAACAUUGCCUAGCCCAUUUCUUUACCGCGUGAUAUGGGCACUAAAAAUAAAGGGCAUCCCAUAUGAGUUCAUACAAGAAGAUCUCACCAAUAAAAGUCCUCUGCUUCUAAAGUACAACCCUGUUCACAAGAAGAUCCCAGUUCUUCUCCAUGGCGGUAAACCAGUUUGCGAGUCCAUGAUUAUUGUCGAAUACAUCGAUGAGGUGUGGCAGCAAAAUUCCUUGCUGCCCCAUGAUCCAUACGAGAGAGCUCUGGCUCGUUUCUGGGUCAAAUUUGCCGAAGAUAAGGGUGUCUCAGUGUGGAGAAUGUUUCGUGCUAAAGGUGAAGAGCUUGAGAAGACAAUGAAGGAAACAGAGGAAAUGUUGCAAACCGUAGAAGAACACGGGUUAGGGGAGAAGAAAUUUUUUGGUGGAGACAAUAUAGGGAUAGCAGACAUAGCCUUUGGUUCAGUUAUUUACUGGUUGGAAGCCAUUGAAGAAGCAGUGGGGGUAAGAGUAAUAUUUGAAACCCAUAAGUUUCCUCGCCUGCAUGCGUGGAUUAAAAAUUUGAAGCAAGUACCUACAAUUAAAGAAAACCUUCCAGAUUGGGAUUGGAUGGUUGCCUUCUUUAGGGGUCGCAGAGAAGCCAUUCUUGCAUCUGCCUGA